AUGGCCCAGCAGCGCCGCGUCCAGCUGUCCACCCAGCGUCCCACCAGCACCGUCUGCGUGCUGGGCACCGAGCUCUCCCUCGAUGUCUGUGGAUCCGCACCCAAAGACGCCGUCGCCUUCCACGUGCAGGGGACGCCGGGCGUGAAGCUCUACGUGGUGCACGAGACGCAGAGCGUCAAGUUGCCCUCCAGCGUCUGCCGCUGGCCCCUGGCCGCCCAGGUCUCGCUGGAUGCUGACACCAGCCGCAGCGGAGCAGUGAGCAGGACGCUGCUGGAUAAGACGACGUGGACAUGGGGUCCUGAGGGGCACGGGGCCAUCCUGCUGGUGAACUGUGACCGCGACAACCCCAAAGCCAAGACACCGGAUAACUACGACACCAUCGUCCGCUCCUACGCCGCUGAUAAAGUUGGUGUUUUCUACAGCAGCAACAGCGGCGUGUUGGAGGACUACAAGCACGUGCUGGGGGGCUCGAAGCUCGCCUACGCCGUCAAACCCAGCCAGCAGCAGGAGGAGAGCAUCUUCUACGUGGAGGCUCUCGCCUUCCCCGACGUAGGCUUUGCAGGGCUGGUGGCUUUCCACGUCACGCUGCUGGAGAGCCCCGAGAAGGGUUUGCUGGAGACUCCGAUUUUCACCGACACGGUGGUUUUCCGCGUGGCUCCGUGGAUCAUGACCCCCAACACGUUGGCACCGCUGGACGUCUUUGUCUGCAGGUGGGUGCUGGGGGAGCGGCUGCAUCCUGCCUGCUGCCCGGCUGCAGCAGCUCCGCGGGGGCUCCCCUCACCUUCUCCAACCCUUCUCCAGGACGAGGUUGAAUUCGGCUACGUGCAAGCCCCCCACAAGACCUUCCCUGUCGUCUUCGACUCGCCUCGCGAUGGUGGGCUGAAGGAUUUCCCCGUCAAGAGCAUCCUGGUACCUGACCCCUUCCUCCUCCCUUUCCCAGAGCGGGGGCGGGCGCUGCUGGAGCCCCUGGGCCUCACCUGCACCUUCAUCGAUGACUACUUCUCCUACCACGUCCUCUCCGGCAACGUCCACUGCGGCACCAACGUCCGCCGUAAGCCCUUCGCCUUCAAAUGGUGGCACAUGGUGCCCUGA